AUGUGUCUCCCUCCAGAACAAGGUGUCUCCCUGCGGACCACGGUGUCCCCUCCAGAACAAGGUGUUUCCCUCCAGAACAAGAACAAGGCCGUCUCCUCCCAGAACAAGGCGUCUCCCCUCCAGGGUGCAAGGCGUCUCCUCAGGAACAAGUGUCUCCUUCAGAACAAGGCGUCUCCCCUCCAGAACAAGGCGUCUCCCCUCAGAGACAAAGUGCUUCCCUCCAGAACAAAGCGUCUCCCUCCAGAACAAGGCGUCUCCCUCCAGAACAGGUGUCUCCUCUCCAGAACAAGGCGUCUCCCUCCAGAACAAGGCGUCUCCUCCAGGGCACUGAGCGUCUCCCUCAGAACAAAGCGUCUCCUCCAGAACAAAGGCGUCUCUCCCCUCCAGAACAAAGUGUCUCCUUCCCAGAACAGAGCGUCUCCCUCCAGGGAACAAAAGUGUCUCCUCCAGAACAAGUGUCUCGCUUCAGAAAAAAGGCGUCUCAAUCCAGAACAGAGUGUCUCCCUCCAGAACAAGAUGUCCCCUCCAGAACAAAAUUGUCUCCUCCAGAACAAGCGUCUCCUCCCAGAACAAAGGCGUCUCCCUCCGUUCAAGGUGUCUCCUUCCAGAACAAAGGCGUCUCCCUCCAGAACAAGAGGCGUCUCCUCUGGAAACAAGGCGUCUCUUUCCAGGGCUCAAGGUGUCUCUUUUCCCAAGAACAAGGUGUCUCCUCGAAUAAGGUGUCCUCCUCCAGAACAAGGAAUAACCAAGGUGUCUCCCUCCAAAAGAAGGUGUUGCCUCCAGAACAAGGUGUUCACUCCAGAACAAGGUGUCCCCUCCAGAGACAAGGUGUCUCCACUCCCAAAAGAAAUGUGUUGCCCUCCAGGAAAAGGUGUCUCCCUCCCAGGAACAAAAGGGAGCAAAGUGUCUCCCUCUAGAGACAAAGGUGUCCCCCCUCCCAGAACAAGGUGUCCCCCUCCAGAACAAGGUCUCCCUCCGGAACAAGGUGUCUCCCUCCAGGACAAGGUGUCUCCCUCAGAGCAAGUGUCCCUCCAGAACAAGGUGUCCCCUCCAGAGCAAGAGUGUCCCCCCUCCAGAACAAGGUGUCCCCCCUCCCAGAACAAGGUGUCUCCUUCCCAGAACAAGGCGUCUCCCUCCAGAACAGGCGUCUCCCUCCGGGGCUCAGUGUCUCCUCCAGAACAGGCAUCCCUCCAGAACUCAGGCGUCUUCCAGAACAGGCGUCUCCUCCAGGAACAAGAUGUCCCUCCCAGAACAGGUGGUCUCCUCAAGACAGGCGUCUUUGCCUCCAAGUGCAUCUCCCCUCAGGGCUCAAAGGCUGUCAGCCAAGACAAGGCGUCUCCCUCUGAGACAGGCGUCUCCACCUCCCAGAACAAAACAGAGCGUCUCCUCCAGAACAAAGGCGUCUCCUCCAGAACAGUGUCUCCUUCUGAACAGGCGUCUCCUCCAGAACAAGGCGUCUCCCUCCAGGAGUUCAAGGUGUCUCCCCUCUCCAGAACAAGGUGUCUCUUUUUCCAGAACAAGGUGUCUCUUUCCAGAACAAAGGUGUCUCCUCCAGAACAGGUGCUCUCCCUCCAGAACAAAGGUGUCUCCUCCAGAACCAGUGUCUCCACUCCAGAACAAGAGUCUCCCUCCAGAACAAAAGAACAGGUGUCUCCUCCAAAGAAAGUGUUGCACUCCAGAACAAGAGUCUCCCCUCAGAACAAAGUGUCUCCCUCCAGAACAAAAGUCUCCUCAGAACAAGGUGUCUCCCUCCAGAACAAGGUGUCUCACUCCAGAAUAAGGUGUCUCCCUCAGAACAAGGUGUCUCACUCCAAAAGAUGUCCCCCUCCAGAACAAGGAGUCUCCUCCAGAACAAGAGUCUCCCUCCAAAGAAAAGGUGUCUCCCUCCCAGAACAAGGUGGCUCCCCUCAGAACAAGGGUGUCUCCCCUCCAGAACAGGCGUCUCCCUCCCAGAACAAGGUCUACCUCCAGAACAAGGGUGUCUCCUCCAGAGACAAGGUGUACUCCCUCCUAGAAACCAAGGUGUCCCCCUCCAGAACAAGGUGUCCCCCUCCAGAACAAAGUGUCCCUCCGGAACAAGGUGUCCCCUCCCAGGACAAAGUGUCUCCUCCAGAACAAGUGUGUCCUCCAAGUGUCCCCCUCCAGAACAAGGAUGAUAAGGCUGCUAGAGACUGGAGCAGCCAGAGGGUCACUUUGGGCCACGUCAUGAGUAUCUCUGAUUGCCUAUCGGGUGGGCGGUCUGUGGCAGCCUUCGGGUUCUCCAAGAUUCAUAGCUUGAAUUAA